AGCACGGCGCAUCCCUUCUGCUGGACGAAGUGCGACCAUUUUGCAGGGGGGAGCGGCGAGUGGUGGCGACUGACGGCGUGAGAAGGCCCGGUUUGUUGCGCGUAGCGGCUGCUAGAGUCGCUGGCCCGGGGAUCGACGGCCCCCCGGGAGAGCGAGCGUGGCCUGUGCAGACGCUUUUCGGUUCUUUCGUCAGUGGACAGCGCCCGCCUGAGGGCCUCGAUUUGAACAGCCAAGAUGUCUAGGCCCGUCAGGAACAGAAAGGUGGUGGACUAUUCACAGUUCCAGGAAUCAGAUGAUGCAGAUGAAGAAUAUGGAAGAGAUUCAGCUCCUCCAACCAAGAAAAUCCGCUCAUCACCACGGGAAGCAAAGAAUAAGAGGCGGCCUGGAAAGAAUUCUCAGGAGGACAGUGAGGACUCUGAAAAAGACAUGAAGACAAAGAGAGACGAUUCCCACUCAGCAGAUGAAGAUUUUGGCAGUGAGGAUGAUUUAGGAGCAGAUGAUGGCAAAGCUGAUAGCGAUUAUGAGAGUUCUCAAAAGAACAAAAAAGGGAAAAAAGCCACCAAACCCGACAAGAACAAAAGAGCAACUUCCAAAUCCAGGAAACGAGCAGCAGAUGACAGCGAGGAUGAGAAAGAAGACCACAAAAAUGUGCGCCAGCAGCGGCAGGCAGCAUCCAAAGCUGCUUCCAAGCAACGGGAAAUGCUAAUGGAUGAUGUGGGCAGUGAGGAGGAAGAUGAAGAGGAGGAGGAGGAGGCAUCAUUCCAGGAAAAAGAUUCUGGCAGCGAUGAAGACUUCCUUGUGGAAGAUGAUGAUGAUAGUGACUAUGGCAGUUCAAAAAAGAAGAACAAAAAAGUGGCUAAGAAAUCCAAACCAGAAAGGAAAGAAAAGAAAAUGCCUAGGCCCAGGCUAAAGGCUACAGUUACACCUAGUCCAGUGAAAGGCAAAGGGAAGGUAGGCCGUCCCUCAGCUUCAAAAACAUCAAAAGAAAAGACCCCAUCUCCAAAAGAUGAUGAUGAAGAGCCUGAAAGUCCUCCUGCAAAGAAGAAAUCAGUCAGUCCUCCUCCAGAGAAGUCUGGGGAUGAAGGAUCUGAAGAUGAAGUCCCCUCUGGUGAAGAUUAAAUGGUGGUGUAGAAAAGAAACUUUUUUUGAGAGAGGAAGGAAAAGAGGAUAUACUUAGGGGUAGAACAUGGUUUUGGUUGUGGCUUGACUCAUGGGCUGUGAAUGCCACCUUUAUUUUAGCUGUUUUAAUAGUACAGUAUUUUCUUUUUUAAAAAAAAGAAUCCUUACACAAUAAUGUUUUGAUGUCACAGUCUCUACAGGCCAUUCCAUUCUCCCCAACCAAAUCUGAAAGCCAUUUAAACUUAAUUUAACAGCUUACUAAAGAUUAUAUUUUUGGAGGCUUAACUGCAGUUGUAAAGCAAUAAGAUUGAUGCUGACACUCGGAGAUCAUAACUAGUAAAAUAGAUAGGUUUUCAAAAGCUGGGAAAGUUCUUCUAAGGCAACUAUUGCUUAAUUGAAUCCAAAAUACAUAUUAUUCCAUAUAGCAUUUCUGAUGAAGAAAGUUCAUCCUUACUUAAUGAAUAAUUUUUAUUAUUUUAAAUUCCAUCAAGGUUUUUUGGAGUUCCAAUAUUCCGAAAGUUUGGGGUUCCACAAUCCUACUUUUAAUAGCCAAGAUAAUUUGAAUAUGUGAUCUGUUAAGUAUUUAAGUCUUUCGAAAAGGGCCUACCUGUUCAUGCUGUGAUAUCCUUUUUUAUUAUUAGGAUAGCGUUCUGGUUGGCCAAAUAAUUUCCUUAUGAUAUUUGUUAAUUUUGAAACUCCUGUUUUUUAUGCUUUAAAAAUAUUUUCAUAAAAUUUAAAGCUUGGUUUGGCGGAGAUUCCUAAAACAAUCAUCCUGUGAGUCAUGGCUUAAUGUUUCUUUUACCUUUUAUCCUCCUUAGGCCCACAGCUUCCACCAAGAGAUGAUAUAAUUUGCCCUUAUCCAUUGCCUAGCUUAGUUUCUCCUCCUUGCAGGAUCGAUUGCAGUUGAUGCUUCUCCAUUGCUAGGUCUUACAUACUUAGGCUGAGUAAGGAAUAGGGUGAAAACUGGAAGAAGCAAGAGAUAAAGGCCUUAACAGUAUAGUAAAAUUAUGCUACAUCACAAAACUAGGAUAUCCUGCCAGUGUACAAUACAUUUAAGAGAGGGCAAGUGCUGUCAUUUUGAUGACUUUUAACUGGUGCAAUGGUACUGCCAAUUUAAGUGGAUUUUUUGCCAUCUGUCCUAGAUAAAUGGAUUGCAGUAUUUAGUAUUAAGUUGGAGUGCCGUUUGCUUUGUUUUCCAUCGUGUACAAUCAUAAUAUACACCCUCAACCAAUCAUAAUUUAACAAACUAAGAUUGAGUGAUAGUGUUCUGAAGCCAGAUUCUUUGACUUCCUUAUGUAUUUCCUACAAUUAAAAACCUAGUGGAUUCUUUUCAUCAGUAUAGUAUUCAAAGAUCAUGCCUGCCUGGGUAGUAUUGGAAAGCCAAAGCUAAGAAUGCAAAAGCAAUUAAUUACCACUGUUGUGUUUAGUGGUGGCAUAAGUAUGUGUUAUUAGCAGCUCUGUUCAUGUCUUCAUGAUUUCCUCUAUACAUUUUUCUGGGUUUAGCUAAGCAAUACAAGUUCAAUCUGCCUUUGACCAUUUUGAUCUUAAGUAUUUUCAAACAAUCCCAAGAAAAUGUAAAUAUCCUGAGUACUUGAGAUGAACCCAGUUCGGAUAGUAAAUCUGGCCAAUUUAUCCAAAGUUCAAAUGUUAUAUAUCUAUCCAGAUACUAUUGGGGAUGAAAAUUAUAGCGCUCUGUUCAGAAUGUUCAGUUUUUAAUGAUAGUUGAUAUCUUGUAUUACACUUUAUGAUCUCAUUUUAUUUGGCUGCUCCAAAUGUACAGGUAUCAGAGUGAUUACUCAUGGAAUCUGAACAUAGCUGAUUUAUACUUGUUCCAAAGAAUGUGCAUCUUUUUUCUUUAACAGAUACAACUGUAUAUUUGAACCAGUGAAACAGUAUGUGUGCCUGAUAUCAUGUAUGAUGAACAGGUUACUGUACAUUGAAUCUCAGAACAUAAAUUCUCUUCCUGAUUCCUUUUUUAUUGGCUUUGUGUAUGUCCCCAUAGAAACGAACAUUUUGGGAGGAGGCUCUGCAACUUCUAAAUUCUUAUAUAGUUAACAACUGUUUGUUCUCCCCCAUUAGUCAGUCACUUCUGUAUUUUUCAGAGGUUGAAGUAUCUUUUCUGUCGUUAAUAUAACAGUUAUGAAACAGUAUCAAUAUUUUAAAUAUUUUACUGUGUUAUACAGAAAUUCACUUCCUCAUUGUCUCUGUGUCUGUAUAUGUGUGUAUCACUUUUGUAUGCAUUACUAUAGGGAUGGAAUAGUCAUUAUCAGUUCAGUUUUGUUCCCUGGAAGCAUUACUAGUGAAACAAAUCAGUCUACUCCAAUAUGUAUUAAUCACUCUACUUUCAUUGCUUCCUGGGAAUGGCAGAUUAAUAAUACCCUACUUUAAUUAGCUAUUUCUUGCAAAUUUGCUGGAAAACCAAAAGCAAAUGUGAUCAUUGUUUUUAGUAAUAGCUUUGCAAGCGGUUGUGAAAGCAACAGGGAUAGAAACAGAAUUUCAGUGAGGCUUUGGAAGGGUGCUUGCAGCUUUCCUUUUGGAUUUGACCGGGUAAUGGUUGCCGUGAUGCUGAAGAAACAGCCUGCACAGUGAAUAUCCAAAUACCAUCUUUGUGAUGGCUUUUCUCUUCCAUAUAAUUUUUAAGGACAGAUCAAAGAAACUUAAAUGCAGGGGCUUAGAGUGAUUGGUUAGAUCUAAUAUGGAAAUUAAAUAUUAGGAGCAGUGGGGAAAUUAUGUACAUUCAGGUGGUCUGUAAACCCUUCUGGAGUUAUUAGAAGGGUUAAUAUAGUAGUUGAAUAUCCUCAAUCAUAAUGUGGCUGCACCAAGUACUGAAACUGUUAAAUUAUGUUGAUUGAAGAGAUUUUUUAAAAACCUGAUUUUAAAAGCUAUUGCCCCAGGUACAAUAAACAGCUAAACUAAAGUGGAGUUGAGAAAUGGGGAGAGCUAUAACAUGCUGGAAGCUUAUGAGCUGUAGAAAUUGGUGCUUUGCUUUAUGUAAUUUUUCUGUGGAGUGUUUAUUUUUUAUAACAAAUCAUAAUGUUGGCACAUGAUUUUAUAAAAUAAAAGGAAAUUGAUUUCCAUGAUUUUAGGUAUGUGGGAAGUGAUAUUAGUACUUGUGAGGGGGGGGUGAAUUUUUCUUCAAGUAGUUUCAUUGAAUGAGGCCCUGCCUGUGUGGCUUGGAUCCACAUGUAGCUGAAAUUUGAUAGCCCCACCCCAUUGCAUAAGAAAUAAAACUACUAGUGGAAUUUAGGGCCUAAAUGGGAAUUGUGAAACUGGAUAACAAAUCCCUCUUGUACAUUGUGUGAGUGAGAUGGUCAUGAGUGAAAUGUGCAAGGCAGAAGUUGGAAAGGUUCUUAAAAAAAUUGUUCCCAUAAUAAUUUGGCGGGCCCUAGUUUAACACAACCCAGAUUACUUAGGUAUUCUUCUUCUCCUUCUGCCCUCAUAUAGAUUUUCUUCUUCACUGAGUGGUUCACAUUUUUUAUUCUCUGCUAAACUCUUUUAACCCAGAAAGCAAAUGCUUUUCCUAUUCAAAUCUCUUAAAGCAUUCUCUACAUGAUCUUGAUGUGUUAACCACUGUUAAAAACAUGUUGCCCCACCUGAGAAUGGAAUGGCUCCAUCAGUUUGAGCAUGCUUGGUGUGUCUGCAAGUGCUAUUCUGCACAUGCUUUGUAUAACUGGGGAGGGGACUUUUUAGGGAUUUCAGGCAGAACAGUACACAAACUUGCUUAAGCCACAGUAGUAUGACAACCCCUUCAAGUAUUUGUGUGUGCGCUCAUGAGAGAGAGAGUGCGCAUGUGUGUAUGCAUGUAUGAAUGUCUGACAAAUUGUCGUGUUUUAGAAAUUUGUGAAUUUUACUUUUCCUGCAGAAACACUUAUUACAAACGUUGUAUAUAAGAGAAUUACAUAAUUUGUUUACCAGGAACAUGUCACAGUAAAACCCUGAAAUAAUUCUCAAAUAUAAAAAGUAAAAAUACUCUCAAGUGAGGCAAGCACCCUUAGCCUCAGCUAGGAGUUGCUGAAAUAGAAUGCAGUGGAUGUUUGUCUUGGGUGUUCAGUACCCUGUUGAUUUUUUCAUGAGUGGCCAUGGAAAAAGAGGCUGCUAACUAUAAUACUCAGCUUCUAGUCACUUACCUGAAGGAAGCCGUGAUCACCAGUCAUGAUGACAACUGGUAGGGUUAUUAGUCCCUUGACAAUGAAAUCUGCAGCAUGGUACUGGGAAUUCAGUCUGAAUGUAACAUUAAUGCUUUAUUUAAAAAUGCAUUUUUUAAAGGGGGGGUGAAGUGAACAUGACGUUGUUGACCAUGUUCGUGAAUUAUAGAUGCAACAUGCAUUGGUAGAAUUGUGUGAUGGUCUUUUGUGCUACUUAAUUUUACAUAUUCCAGUCUCUGUAUGUACUUGCAAUUAAAAAAAAUUAACAAUCCCUGCUUUGCUUUUUAUUGAAGGGUUCCCAGGACUGCAUAUCUGUUCCUGAGCUCCGUUUUAAGUAUGUGUAUCCUUGGCUUGUAUUUUGUAUUAAAAGGAAACAUGGAAAGAACCCUUUAUUGUUCAGCAUGUUGGAAUUGUGUCCACCUCAUUUUUUCUCUUCUUCUUCUUCUUCUAGUUUUUUUUUUUUUUGGAAUAUAUUAAACAACUUAUUCUUCUGUAUCUUACUUUCUUUUGUAAACUUUUUGGUUUUGUUUAAAAAUGGCUUUAUAAAAGGGCUUUUAUAACCCAUA